AUACUUGAUCAGCUCUCUCCUAUCGGACCAGAUCGUCGGUAAUCUUGGGAACGUGCUUGUAACGAGUACAAUUCUAUCACUAUUACACAUCGAGGUCGAGGGGUGUAGCCAAGACACCAACGUUCCGCUCUAUUGGAGCUGCUCGCAAUCAUCUACCCAAGCUGCCCAAGCCGAAGCGACAUCGUUGCAUCGAUAAGCACCAUGAUAAAUUGGCCCCAGUAUGGAGUGGCGGGUUGCACCCAUGGCUAUGGUCCACGGUCCAAGGCCCAUGUUUAAGGGCUGGCAUCGAUGAUCGCGUCAACGGGGGACUUCUUUGUCUAAAAUUUUGUACUUCUCAUCCACCACCUUCAACUCUCACAGUGCGGUCUGUCCAGCUAUCCGCCAAUCUUCCUCUGCCCCUCCUCAGGCGUGCUAAGUUAAUCUGCGUUCGCACAGUAGCUAUCACCAUGAGGUGUGCUAAAUUUAUGAUUUAAAGAAUCGGCCGAGGUAGAAGGGGGAAAUCAGUUUCUUCAACCGAUUCCGCUCCGCUCCGCUCCAUCAGCAAUAGCAACGACUCGAUGUUGGCCGCCCGUAGCGCUCGCAACUGGCUGGAAAGCCUUCCCGACAGUCGCAUAUGCUCGCUGAGGUGGCAGUCCAUACUUCGAUAUGCCGCCAUCACCUUUAUCGUCUCUGUAACUUUGUCGGGUGUCUUUUUAUUUCGCCGCCCGGAGGGGUUCCUCCGCAAUAACGGGUCGCACUAUUUCGAAUACUUCUGGAAUCGGACAUCGAACCAUCCAAUCGAUAAACUCAUCGGCGACGCGCAUGCAUUUCACGAGAACUUGCUUAGGCAGCGAAGUUUCGACAUCCCUACAGCCGCCGCUCGGUAUCGGGAACGGCGAGGCCGGCAUCCUCCUCCGGGAUUCGACGCCUGGUUUAAGUAUGCGAUAGAACACGACACAAUCAUCGUAGAGUCUUUCUUCGAUCGGAUAUAUGCCGACAUCGCACCAUUCUGGGGACUCGAUCCCCAAGUCACGGCGGAGAGGGCUUCGUCGUGGGAGCACGUAGUCCGCGUACGGGGCGGCGUCGCUAACGGCACAGGCAACACCGAGCAUAAAGUUCCGUGGCUGCAACUAUGGACUGAGCUGGUGACCGAAGCGGCGCCGUGGCUGCCGGACGUGGACAUGCCCAUCAAUUACAUGGACGAGUCUCGACUGAUCGUUCCUUGGGAAAACGUGAGCGAUCUUGUAGGGAAAGAACAAAAAAGUCGGUCGGUCAAACCAAUCGACGAGGUGAUUACGAAAUAUAGCGGCCUUGCUAAGGUUGACGCUAUCGACGGAGCCGAACCUUAUCGUCCCAAGUGGCUCGGAGGGAAUUACUGGAAUCUGACACGGGUUGCCUGCGCCCCCGAUUCCCCGUCCCGCGACGUCGCACCAAUCGAAAACUUUGAGACGUUACCUGUCUUUCCGGACAAUUGGAACCCCGAAUAUUCCUACAAAGGGUACGUCGUGAACUUUACUUCCGCGGCGGACCCAUGCGUCCAGCCCCACCUCCGCGGCAUGCACGGCACCUUCGCCGAGCCCCUUACCAUGUCGACGAGUCAGGAGCUCAUUCCGUUAUUCGGCGGUUGCAAGUUGUCCGUAAACAACGAGAUCCUCAUUCCCGGCGCGAUGUAUCUGACCGACGACCCUUUCUAUUCCGGAGGCGACACGCACGGUCCGGCGUGGAGACGGAAGAUCGACGGUGUCGUAUGGCGUGGUGUAGCGUCCGGCGGUCGCAACAAGAAGGAGAAUUGGUCGCAUUUCCAGCGUCACCGCCUUAUCGAGAUGUUGAACGGAACGACGGUAGCUGGGAUGGAGGAGAACAGCUCUCGCGCGAUGACUUUCGAGAUGCCGCCCGUGAAGAAGUACGACUUUCCUAAAAGGCGGGAGGGAACCAUCGGUAGCUGGCUGGAGCACUUCGCGAACGCGGGAUUCGUGAAUCUGCUCUGCUUCCCGGACGACUCCGACUGCGCCUACGUUAGGCCGUACUUUUCCGAGCUUCAGAGCAUCCCUAUGAAGGAACAGUACAAGUACAAGUUCAUGCCCGAUGUGGACGGAAAUAGCUUUAGCGCUAGGUUUAGGGGAUUCUUGUUGUCAACAUCUCUGCCGUUAAAGGCCACGAUCUACGCCGAAUGGCACGAUGAUCGCUUGUUGCCUUGGCUUCAUUUUGCUCCGAUGGACAACACUUUCCAGGAUUUAUACGCCGUCCUGGAUUACUUCACCCGAGAUAAGAAGGGCGAUAAGUCGGCACGUUUCAUCGCCGAGGAAGGCAGGUCAUGGGGCUCCAAGGUGCUCAGAAGGGAGGACAUGCUGUUGUAUGUCUGGAGGUUACUUCUCGAGUUUGCGCGAGUCUGUGACGAGAAACGGGACAUGCUAGGAUACAUAGACGACCUGAGAAUGGUAUAAUGGUAUAAUGAAUGUAUAUAAGUAAAUGUUUCCUUUUUGUUCUUAUUUUUUUCGUACGAGAAUUAUACCCAAUUUACGACGAGCAUCCAGUAUCGAUUGAUUUCGUCGCGUUUAGAAUAUGUA